AUGGGGUCUGUUUUUGUCUCUGCUUCCGACCUAUCCCCCAAGAUGAGAAGAAGUUAUUUGAUUGGCCGUGUUGUUUCCAUUAUUGAGCAAAAAGUUGUCCAAGUUAAUUCAAAUCCUCAAAGGGGUAGUCGGCUCACUGUUACCCUAUGGGAGGAGCAUGUGGAUUCUGUCUUGCCUUACUAUAAUGUUGAUUUAGCAGAACCACUGAUUGUUAUACUACAACUGUGUAGAGCAUGGGUGAAUAAGGAUGGUGAUGUUAGGAUAUCCAGUUCCUACACCGCAACAAAGAUUCUAUUCAACUAUGAAUGCCCUGAAUUCCUCAAUUUCAGGGAGAGUAUGCCUAGAUUCUUGACUCCAAUACGAAGUAUAAGCUCAAGUUCAAGAAUGACUGGAUCUGGAUCAUUGGAAGCUCUAUCGAGUGAAAAUGUCACAAUUACUCCUUUAAAGGAAAUUUAUGACAACAAGAAGGUCGGAGAAUUUUGGGUACUUGGAGAAAUUCUAGACAUAAAACGAGAAUGGUACUUCAAGGCCUGUGAGGAUAAGAGGUGUGGGAAGAAGCUUGAAGAAUAUACGGACAAAAUGUACUGUAAGGCAUGCGAUGAACAACGCGUAGACGGAAUAAUUAAGUACAAAUUAGUGGUUUUUGUCUUGGAUGACGACCAGGAUGGCCAUCUUCUACUUUGGGACAAUGUUUCCUCGACACUAUUAGGAGUUACUGCUAGCGAGUUGUUGAAAAAGUAUUCUGAAGAUGAUUGCAUGCCCAAUGAAAUUGAAGACUUGAUUGGGAAGACAAUGAUGUUUAGGAUUGUCACAAAAAAGGAGCAAUUUAAAUAUAGUGGUGAUGCUGCUUUUACCGUGCUUGGAGUGAACAAAGAUGAAUCAAUCAUACAGACACAUCAAGCCAAACUACUCAAUAAAGGUGAUGAAGAAACCAUGGUUAGGGAGCUUGGUGAUGAAACUGAGUUGAAUGACAAUUUAGAACAACUUAUACCACCCUUGGAAGUUACAUCUUCGUCACUCCCAGAAGUCAUCUUGGUUGAUGAAAGCACUCCUGAGCAGCUGCCUUUAAAGAGAUCAAAUGUAGAUUACGCAUCAUCUUUAAAGGGUAUGAAGAUGCCUAAGAUUGAGCCGGAAAAUUAA